AGUUCAUCUGUGGCACUCGGAGCCGGGUGUUUGAAUUUUUUGCCCAUUCAGUUCUGUUGGAAACGCCGAAGUGGUUGGCCAGAAAGCGCGUACGAAGCGUGUCCAACAUUCGUGGUGUUUUUCCCAAAGGACCUUUUCUUCAGUUCCGUCAGGGGAGGAAAAGUAGUGUGUGUGUGGUCGCGAGAGAUAGAUGAAAAGUGGAUAAAUCUGUGUCAGGAUAAACCCAAUGUGUGCGCGGGGAUUUUCGAUAUAGAGUAGAAAGUGAAUCUUUCCAGCAGUGUUGAGCUUCCCAAAGUUAGAGAGGUCCAUGUGGAAUGCGUCCCAGGGGUUGAUGGACCGGAAACAGAGUGGGACAAGAGAUUGUAAUUCCCUCUUCUAAACAAUUCACCAACCCCCCCCCCCCAAAGUUUUUCUGCGUGCGAUUUUUCGUGUGCCAAAAAAGGGGGGUGGUUGAUAAAAAAAACGCCGGGCUUGUGCUGUGGCAGUGGUUAGUGGAUGAAUUGUUCAUCAUCCGAGGGUUGAGUGAUGUUGCAGAUUUAUGUAAUCAGUGGUUGAUUGUGGAUGAUGUGACCCUCAUUUUGGAUUUAAAUACACACACGCACGAAUUACGCACGUGGAUUUGCAACAUUGCUUACGUGUGGUGUCUGAUUUUCAAUUAAUAAACAAAACUCUCCCUGUAGAGGGAGAAAAUAUAUAUAAUUCACCCCGUGACCCCGCACACACAGCCUUCGUGGGAGUGACGAGACAAUUUUCACUUUUGUAAUUAACUGAAAUCCAAUCUACUGCCGCAUUUUGCAAGUGCGUGCCAACGUCGACAUUCCACAGGGCUAUCGCAGAGAAAUCUUCACGAGUGGAACAAUGUGACAAACCCGGAAAAAUGGUGGAAAACCCAAUGGAAGUGCAAAUGGCGAGACACAAAAGUGUGUGAAUUUUGAGUGAUUAUUUUCUCAAGGAGAAACGUGAAUCUCUUUUGGGUGAAGCUUCGUCAAAUGAGGAGAAUGUGGGAAGAUGUUUGAAUUGAACAAUGGACAUCUACUACAUAGCAGCUCUUCUUGUGCUCGUGACGCAGUGCUUAUGUGACGAUUGGACGUCGAGUUGUCCACCAAAGUGCAUCUGUAAGUGGAUCAAUGGGAAGAAGUCGGCACAGUGCAAUGCUCUUCAGCUCACAAAUAUCCCAACGCAACUCAGUACGGAGGUUCAGGUGCUAGCACUCAAUGAGAAUGACAUUGAAGGUCUCAAUCGUGACGAAUUCACGUCGCGUGGUUUGAUAAAUCUCCAGAGGAUUUACAUUAGAGCAUCGCAUGUGAAGCACCUCCAUCGUGACACAUUUCGGGACCUAAAGAUUCUCGUUGAGAUUGAUUUGAGUGGCAAUGAGAUUGAAUCCUUGGAACGGGAAACAUUUGCCGGCAAUGAGCGGCUUCGUUUGCUCUAUCUCUAUGGGAAUCCUUUGAGGAGGUUGGUGGCAAAUCAAUUUCCACCCCUGCCGCAUCUGCGGAGCCUCGAUUUGCACAGCUGUAGGCUCGACUAUAUUGCAUCGACGGCAUUUAAGAACGUAGCUCUUGUGGAAUUGCUGAGCCUGAAGAGUAAUCUGCUGGAGACAUUGCCGGCUGAUGUAUUUGUCCACAUGAAUAAUCUCAAGACAUUGACUUUGGAUGAGAAUCCCUGGAAUUGCGACUGCAGGCUCAGGGAUUUUAGGAAUUGGUACCUACAUAACUACCCGCAUGGAAGUAGUCUCACCUGCAAGCGACCCUUCUCCUUUGCUGGGCAAAUGUGGGAGCAGGUGGCAGAAAAUCAAUUUGGAUGCGCCCCGCGUGUCGAGCUAUUCAGCGAUGGUCUCCUCAGUGAGGAUAUUGGGAGCAAUGUAUCGUACCACUGUCUCGUUACGGGUGAUCCCAAGCCCGAGAUUACGUGGGAUUUCAAUGGGAAGAUCCUCGAUAGUGAGAGUAUGUUGUACAGCCUCGAGGGUAGUGCCACCGAGAGCACGGGGGAGACGUGGGACCAGCAAGCCUGGAGCAAUUUAACCAUUUUUAACGUGACCAAUUUUGAUUCGGGCGUCUACACGUGCUCUGCCCGGAAUAUCGUCGGCUUCACGAGUCGCAAUGCAACACUUUUCCUCCAGGAAGUUGCCCGGGUGAUUGUGAAGACCCCAGAAACUUUUUGGUAUUUUGGACUCAUUCUCGGGACCUUUGGCACGGUGUUCACGUUGAUACUGAUCUCGGUGACGGUGUGCGUUUGCCGGAAGGCCGUGCGGAGGCGCACGAGUAAGAAGAACAUCAAGGGUAGCGUGAGCUUCAAUGAUCAGGAGAAGAAGCUUCUGGAUUUGAGUAUAACAACCAAUGAGCGGCAGGAUAGCUGCGAAAUGGCCAAUACGCCGUCCACGAAUAAAACAAGUGAAUCCGUGAUAGCUCUGGAGCCCGUUCAGAUUACAAUUGAGAAUAUUUCACGCAAUGAGGAGUUUCCCCUGAAUGUGGGUGUUUUCCCGCCACCACCGGAAUUCUGUUCGAGUGUCCUGCCCAAUCCUGCGUGGGAAGAUCAUGCCAAUGAGUGUAUCAUCCGCCUAUGCCACCCUUCCGCGACACAGUCGUCAUCAGUACUCUGCGUUGAUACCACGGUGGCACGGGUCUUGCGGCAAAGAGUGAUGUGCCAACAAUUCACGAGGAUGACGUUGUCAACUAUCACACCAUCGACAGCCAGUACUCGUGAAUUGUUGGCACAUCACUCUUUGCCCGUUCAGAUUACAAUUGAGAAUAUUUCACGCAAUGAGGAGUUUCCCCUGAAUGUGGGUGUUUUCCCGCCACCACCGGAAUUCUGUUCGAGUGUCCUGCCCAAUCCUGCGUACGGGAAUAUCUUCAUUUCCGUCUCCGUGGCACCAGAGACACUCGACAAUCCCGACAUGUACCCCGAUCUUCUCAACAUCCCCAACAGGGUCAAAGGGAAGAUCAUGCCAAUGAGUGUAUCAUCCGCCUAUGCCACCCUUCCGCGACAGCAUGAUGUGCCAACAAUUCACGAGGAUGACGUUGUCAACUAUCACACCAUCGACAGCCAGUACUCGUGCAUUGGCGAUCAGAAUGGCACCUGUAGGCGGCACCAUCAAACGUGCCUGGGUCAGGAGACAUCCUUCGUUCCCAGUCUCGAUGAGGGCACCAUUAAGUGCAGCGAGAGCUUUCUCUGCCCCAAAUACGACAAUAUGGGACGACGAAUCACGGCCGGUGGGAAUUCAAUCCUCUCCCUGCCGGAUGAGGAGAAUCUCGAGCGGGAGAUGCUGACGACGGUGAAAGAGGAUACCAUCAAGGAGAUCCCAACGCCACCACUACCGCCCGCAACGACUACAAUUUCAAGUAAUGACUUUGUCUCCCUGUAGCUCCCGCCUCCAGCACUUCCUGCCACCUCUAAGAUAUUAUGGCCCAUCCGCCCCGUGGUCAGGCGGAGUCUUUCAUACUUUUAUGGAUU